GAGCGGUGUGACGUUCGAUGGGCUGCAAAUGUCGGUGGUAAACCUGGGCGGCGACCCGUACCUGUCAUUCCUAAUUGCCUCUUUGGCCGAGUUCCCAGUGGCCGUCCUCUGCUACGUGGGCAUCCGAUGGUGUCGUCGCCGAAGGUUCAUGCUCGUCUUGUUCGGCAUCAUCGGCACAUGCGCGUGCGGUGUGUCCGUCAUGCCACCAGCGUGGGUCGCUCUUCGCCAGACGCUUGCCAUCGCGGGGAAAAUGCUGGCUUCCGGUUGCCUCGUGCUGGUGUGGAUCUACGCGGCCGAGGUGUUUCCGACGAUGUAUAGAACUGCUGGACUCGGCGCUUGUUUCGUCGGAACCCGCAUCGGCUGUUCCACGUCGCCCUUUUUGCUACAACUGGGAACCAUUUACACGGACUUUGUACCCUUGAUGAUACUGGCUGUCAUCGGUGCCCUGGCAUCCCUGCUUCUGCUUCUACUGCCUGAGACAUUCAGGACGGCCCUUCCAGACACUAUACACGAUUCUAAGCAGCUGAAAUCAAAGGAACGUGCCUAGAAGAGGAAGGGGAAGAGAUCAUGUAUAUUACCACUGCUUUUCCGCAGACACCAGCACUCCCUCGAAGCUUCAGCUGGACUAGUUGAUGGAGUUCAUUUGCUUCUUGUUUCAAUGUCUACACAAGGCAUAAGGCGACCCUUAAAAAUUAUUUCCUUUGAAAGAAUUGAAUUUUUGUUUGCGUCACGCUAAGAAAGCACAAAGAUCCAGAAACGUGGUACGUGAAAGGUGCGUUGCUGCCUGCUUCUGUUCAAACGUUGGGACAAUUCUUGUGUCCACCCUGAAACCU